GCUGUGCAUUACCUCUCUAUUGUGCACACAAUCGGAGAGGGUAAAAGGAGAGCUCUCCCUGCAGUUGUGUGUGAUGAAAAUCCCUUCCAUUCUGGCAGCUGUUUGUCUUCCAGGCAACACAUUCAGCGUGCGGCGCUUGUUCGCUGGCCCACUCUUUUUCGUACAGACCGUCAACGAUCUCUCGCGACGCCUUGCUUCUAUUUUUAAACGAAACACGUCUGCUGCCCGGAGCUUAAGGGAGAAACAUAGAGAAAAGAAGAACAGCCCCGUGUGCGCCCCGUGAAGAAGCCGCCACAACCUUAGUCGUUUUCUCCAUCUUAAUAGUUACCCAGGCAUCGCUGGGCUGGUAGAUUUCCGUUUUUUCGUCUUUCUUUUUAAUCACAUCUCUGUAUGCCCCUUUCGACUCAGCUGGGGUCUCUCUCCGGCUAUCAUCCGCCAGUCGACAGUCGGCGCCCGCGUGUCGGCCACGGAUCAGCCACAGUCCUUCCUACGCGCUCUCCACUGAUUCAAAUCGACUCGCUAACAAUCAUGUGGCUUCUCUAUUGCUGAACGGGAAAAAAACCCUUGAUUUCAUCGCCUCCCAUUUGAUUGGUGUCGAUCCCCCCACCCACCCCUCUCAAAUGCCUGUGAGCACCUUGACGGACACUGUCGCAACAACUUUCGGCACUCACGCAACCGUGAGUUGCUCCUAUUGCCGAGAUUGCGGCGGACCUUGCGAGUCUCAUUCUUUGGAAGAUCGCCGUUGGACGGUCCAUUUGGAUCGGGACCUUCUCCAUUUUCUCCUCUCCGUUUAUCCGCACUGGUUUGAGGACCGGACGGCGGACUACGAAAUGUUGUCUGAGCACGAAGGAGGAGGCAGUGACAAGUCGGAAGACUCCUCCUCAUCCGAUUCCGACUCGUCGUCGCCCUCGUCACCGCCCAGAGUGGACGACUCUCCGCUACAGAAAUGCAUGGAUCGCAACAAGCAAUCCCUGAAGGUGAAGCUGAUGAUGAGACGGCCUUACAUGCAAUUAGUGGACCAAGGAAUCAUGCCGCCAUUGAAGACUCCAGCAUCGUUCCACGAGCAGCGCCAGAAAUUGCAACGGGCCAAAAUGGGUGACCUGCUUAAGCACAAGAUUCAACACAGACCGGACCGGACCGAGCUCAUCCGCCAGCACAUCCUCGAAGCUGACACAGGCAAAGUGGAUCCAUCGCUGGCUGAGCGUCAGCGCAUGCUAAAACGGGCCCGAUUGGCCGACUCGCUCAACGACCAAUUGUCUCACCGGCCUGGCCCGCUGGAGUUGAUCCAGAAAAACAUCCUCCAUACGGACGAAAACGUUGAGCGAGCUGUCAAAGAAGGCCAGAUUUCUUUUCGAGCGACUUGUGAAGGAUCUGCUAUCCGACCGUCGCAUCCCAUCCGCUACGUCACACCCGAAGGGGACGAUAGCAGUUCGGAAGGUGCCCUGUCUCCCAGCCAGGAUGGAUCGCUAGAUGGAUGCCUGAGCAAUGGAGGAAUGGCUGGCUGCGCUGGGACCUCUAAUAUGACAGCAGCAGGAGCUUCCUCCAGCCCUGCGACCGUGGCUUCAAGCCCCGGAUCGCUCAGCUCCGUUGCAUCGCCGGCCACUUCGCUGGUGGUGGCGCCGUCUCCGCCGCCACCUCCGCCGAUGCCCAUGCCUACGCCGCAACCACAAAAGAAAGUAGAGCAAGCUCCCGUUCCUCCUCCGCCACCUCCUCCACCUCUUCCAGUUGUGCCUUCCUCUUCAAGCUCAUUGCCCGUCGUCAUCAAGACUGCUUUGGAUAUUUCGAAAAACCGUAACCGGAAGAAGUCGAAACAAAAGUGUCCGCCCAAGCCGCGCACCAUUAAAUUCCACGAGUACAAAGGGCCGCCAAAUGCACAAAAACUGCAGCCGGCCAUCCCAUCUGAUGUGGAAUCUUCGUACGAACUUCUACUCCAGCAGCAGCAAUUGUUCCUCCAAUGGCAACUGGAAUGGCAACACAAAUACCCGCAAAUUAUCUUGCCGGCCAAACCGCCCUGCAGCAGUCCGUCGGCUCACAAUGCCGCCGUUGUUGCCGCUGCUGCUGCAGCAGCGGCAGCAGCGAGUGGGGAAGAUGCAGCCAACAAUUUGACAGCUGCGAUACUGGCCGUCAGUUCAUCCCUGCCGCCUUCGACUUGCUCCGCAGCGGCUCCUUCACCAUCCCCUAGCCUUUCAGAGUCGGUGACUUCCGUUGUCGCUUCCACCACGCCCAGCAAUUUAACUCGAAUCACGGUCCGACUAGAAGAAAUGAAGGUCAGCGAUUUGAAGGCUGAAUUGAAGAAGCGUAACUUGCCCGUUUCCGGAUCGAAGCCGCAGUUAAUUGAUCGUCUACGGCCGUUUAUCGGCGAGGAAGGAACACUAACGGCCACCCGGUCCUUGUCUCGUCGCGGAUCGCAGAGCCAAUUGCAACAACAGCCGUCGCUCCCGACGUCGUCGUCGUCGCAAAUGUUGUUGGCUGAAGACGUGGGACCUAUGCCUUCACCUCCGGCCAGCAACGCCUCACGACGAGUUUCGUGCAGUAGUCUGGAUGGAAGCAUCAGCAGUUUCAGGGCGGGCAGUAGUGACAUGUUAUUACCUUCGCUGUCACCAACUAGCUCGGCGGCUUCGUGUUCAAUGUCACCCAGUCCAGGUUCCGUCCGUCCUCCUUCUGUCAUCAAUAUGGACAUGGACAUUGAAAUGAACGAUGCAACCAACACGUUGGAUGGCACUGACAUCAAAUUGGAAGCCCCGCCUACGCCUCCGCCGUUGCCAGCGUCGUCGACACAACAGCCAGUCGAACAACAAAUUGACGACUUGGUGCGCGGACUGCAAGAGGAGCAACGCGUGCUGAUGGAACAACAACAGAUGCUGAGACAGCAGGCAGCGGCAUCCGCUCAAGAAGAAGCCCAACAAAUUGCCAAUGUGGCGGCGGUGGUGACGGCGAACGAUCCGAAAUCGCAGCAAAGGUUUCUACUCCAGCAGCAUCUCCAGCUCAAGAUCCAGCAACAGCAGAUUCAGCAGCAAUUGGAACAGUUGCAGCAAAUCCAGCAGCAAGCGCCCCCCAGUUCUCCGGCGGCAUCGAGUAGAACGACUUCCAGCCGGAUUGCGGCCAGGGCCAACCGAAACGCCGCCAAGUUAUUAGCGUCUCGCAACAACUCUGCAACGUCAUCACAAUCCUCUGGUGAUAUGCCAGAGACCGUGUUCGCAUCUCCUUCAGCGACAUCAUCUUCUUCACAACCUUCAUCCGAGACAUCACAUCCUCGGAGACCACCUCCGCCCAAUUACAGCGAAGCAUCUCGGAUGCUGGGCAACCAUACGACACCCUCCUCGGGCAGCAGCAGCAGUUCGUUGAAACCGCGCGUUUCGAUCAAAUCACAACUAGUGGACGACGUGCUGGAUAUACUAAUCCGCAAUGGUGAGCUGCCUCCCAGCGCCGCUCACGAUCCCGUCACGCCGACGACUCCCCGUGAUCCUCCGCCAAUGCCUCCGCCUCUUCCAUCCCAUCUAUUGACAAAGCAACAGACGCAACUUUCUCAUCCAGCUGUUUCGGCCACAGAGAUCAAGUUUCCCUACAUAGACAUCAAUGAGCUUGGCCUCAAUCUAGACCUAGACUCCCUGGGUGAGGCCAUGGAGUUGGGCGUCUACGAGAACCACACGACAGCGCAGCACUCGGCUGUCACGCCUUCGCCUUCCAUUGUCUCUGUCGAUGGACGCAACGACGAAGUCACGGCCAUGGAGAUGGAUGUCUCCGAUUGGCUCGACACGCUCCUACCGCCAUUGAACGGUUCCCAGUCGUUGCCCAUGUCUUCAAACUCAUCAGUGGCCUCGUCCACUUCGUCGUCAACUUCGGGAUUCUCCAGCCUGGGGUCCGAUCAACAUCCUUUCAUGCUGCACCAGCAGCCUCAUCAGAGCUUUUCUCAUACGCCGAAUCAGUUAAAUCAAUUGAAUCAACCGGUGCAUCAUCCACCUCCGUCGCAUCAACAUCAUCAACAGAUAUCAGGCGAUCCGCUCUUUUCCAGUCUGUCCUCCGAUCCUUACACGGAUCUCUUCGCAUUGGAAGACACGGAUAUGAAGCUACCAGGAUUGGGUAACACCCUGUCAUGGGAUAGGCUAGAUUUUACAGCCUAAACAACAGGUGAAACAAAAAAACACACUUUAUUGCUCUGUCGUUGUUUCCUCCCUCACAUCUCGUCCAUCCACACAGUCUCUCUCUCUUCUCCGUCAGACCAGUAGCUCAUUGAAUUCACCGCUACCUUGCCUCUAAUUGAUUGUUACUUUCUCUGUCUUUUUUUUUUUGAAAUUAUUAUUAUUAUCAUUAUUUUUGGCCAUUGCUGCCUAUAUUACAUCAACCUACACUGAUAGGUUUGUGUUUUUCUCUCACACACACACACACGCACGCAGUGACGGAAAGUGAGAGUUGCAGCCUUGAAUCCAGGGUAACGAGACAAACAAACAUGAAAAAAGAAAAUAAUAAAUUAAGAUUCUGGUUGCCCUGCCAAUGUGGUUUUGCGGUUUCCCAUCAUCCUGUCAAGUUAAUUUUUGUUUUUGUUUUAUGUCUUUCCUUUUCAAACCUUCGAUAUUUUUUGUUGUUGUUGCUGCGAUGGAGUAUUGCAUUCGAGCCCACCAAUUCAUAAUAUUAUUUUUUUUCUUGGUUUUUCUUUAGUUUACCAACAUUCCACUAUAUCCAAGAUGAUAAUUUUUUUUUUCUUUUCCCGUUUCCCUGACUCUCUCGUUGCUACUUUCCAAGUUUUUUGGAAAAGGAGGGAAACAUAAGAAUAACCGUCCUGGUGGGAUUAUUUCAUAGGACCCUCCACAACACAGACACAGCGCGGUUAGUUAACUCUUUGUAUUCUGUCCGGAUCAAUAACAUACACACACACACACACAUAAAAUGGUUGAAGAAGAAGAAAGAAAAGUGGAUCGCGUAACACGUAGAAGAAGAAGAAAACCCCCCUCACGCCAUCAUAUAAUUUACCAAUGGAGUAAGAGAGGAAAUGAUCUCCUCUUUCUCUCUAUUUAUCGACCAGUGUAUUAUAGUGAAGUUGACCAGUGUCUCCCCAAACUUUCUCUCUCUUGAGCUUGAUCCCCUUUUUUCCGACCCUCUUUUCUAUUCCCAUUUGUUACUGAGAUAUAUUCAACAAUAGCGCUCGCUCACGCGUUCCCUAACGGUUAGCCUUGGCUUGGUUUUUUUGCGUUAUUAUUAUUAUUAUCAUAAUUAUGAUUAUCCAAUCAUUUUUUUUUCCUCUUUCUGUUUCCUACAAAAGCUUCGUGAAAUUGAUGAUGUCGUCCUCUUUGAAAAAAAAAAAUCAUAAUGAAAAGAAAAAAAAUUAUAAAACGCUUAGCAAUUUUGGGGGAGGUCUCAGAAUGCAUGAAUUGUUUAGAUUGUCUCUAAUGAAGCACGCUCUUCGAGUCUUGAUCCGAUGGCCACUAAUUUUUGAUGAAAGGAGAAACGAAAAUUUCAUUUCUUCUCUUUGUUGUUCCCGUGUUAUGUCAUAAAAAGCUUCCGAUAUAGCGAUUUCUACUAAAAAGGCGAUUUAUUGCGUGCCUGUUCCCUGCCUAAACUCUUCUUUUCAUCUCUCUCUCUUUGUUUGUUUGAGCGUGUAAAGUUAAACAGAAAAUAAUUAAGUUAGUAUAAGCUGCGUACGUGUUAAUUAAUCGAUUCGACAACAACCUGUCUACAUAAUAACUGCCUCCAUUGUUUUCUAUUCAUUCUUCUUUUCCUUCCUUAUUUCCUAUCUGUAAAGUUACGAGAUGGUUUGCAAUCCAGAAGAAUAUGAAAAAGAUGUGCUUUGUUUCUAUUACCUCCGCUCCUCUCUUUCGCUGACAUGCUGGUGAAUUGUAAUUCUUAAUGUAAAUAUGCAAAACUGCAAAAAAAUCUGCAAAAACAAGAACGUUCUAUUGUCCAAAAAAUAA